AUGAAAGACCAGGGGGGCAUCAGGCUGAAAAUUUCAACACCCACCAGCAUCAAGAACAAAAAGAUGGUCCGUCUCCGUCAAUCGGGAUAUCUUUCGGCAUUCGUCACUUUGGCCUGCCUAGUACUCAAUACACGACAAGUGGCGGCGGAUUUGCCGAUCCACUGCGAGGAACAUCAAGUGACUGGAAGAUGGAACAUUCACGUGAAACAGGGCUCCUGCGCUUUCGAGUAUCCCAGCACAGUAGUCAGUACCCUACGCACUGAUGGAUCCAUUGAUUUGGGUGCAGAGCACUACGAAUGGGAGCAACACAAUGCUGGAGGAGCAUCUUCUUUCUUAUCUUCUCGCGCUAGUUCUUCCUUGGCCAUCAAAUCAAACACCAGUGCUACAUCUCCGAAGGGACCUCGACCGGGAUUCUCUCCUUUCGCGACGGUCGACUUGAAACCGCGUGGCAGGCUGGAGGUAGUUACUACUUAUUAGAUAAUCAGUGACUUGGUACGAUGAAGGAAAUUAUGAAUUAUAAUUUCCGACUGACAUAAAAAGCCAAAGCCAAUGAGGUCGUUAGUAUCUCCAUCUUCUUUCGCCAUCUUCGGUAAACAUCUCAUCCACCCCAACAUCUUCCGCAGGUGAUUUCCACUCACGAUACCCACGAAGCGACUUCUGACGCUGGAACUCAGUGGACCAUGGCGUACGACGAAGGGAUGGAGUUGCGUUUGAAUGGCGUCUCCUUUUUCGGUUUCUUUCACUUCGAACCCAUGUACAACGAAAAUCUGAAACACUUCACCGACAUCCGACCGGACAGCUUCUAUGGCGAGAACGAUGACGGUACAGUCAGUGACUUCAAGACCGAUUGCGGUCGCACGAUGCUCGGAUGGGGUACUCCUGUUUCCAGUGGUCGUUCUUCUAUGCUGGAAGUUGAGGGAAACGGAAAGGGAACGAAACACAUCCACGACUCGUUCUCUACAGCGAAACAAGAAGACGCGCAAAUGUGUUGGUAUGCAGAGAGAGCCGAUGGCAGCAUUGUCGCAGCAGAGCAAAAACAGAGCUCAUCCUCGUCUUCUUUUGUUCGCAUGCAACGCUCAUCGUUGGAGCAGAAGACGGCUGACCAGUCUUCGCAAACGAUGUCCGUCAACGAAGAACAAGCCGCAUUGCGAAGCAUUGGUCGUCUUCUCAAGUCCCCUUUCCCAGUUGCAGAUGGCAGAGCGAAGAAGAAGCUGGUUCGCAUGAUCGGCCCGAGUCUCGACCUUGCUCACCUCUUGAAGGGAAAGAAGGACCUUUCGGCGGAGGGAUUGUUGACUGCGCCACCGAUUCCGAGUACAAACACUCAGCACGGUGCUGUUGGCUUUUUCCCUGUGCCACCAGGCUCGCUGGGCGGUCCAGAACUGCUGCCGCCGUCUCACGAACUGUCAAGAGACCCAUUGAAGAAUGCAGCGGAAAUCGAGACCGCCUUGGAACUGAAGAAUAACGAUGAAAGCGCUACGCAACAGCUGCGCUUGAAGAAUGCAAUCUCUUCAGCGGUCAAAGCCGACCACACUAAGAAGACAAGCAAGUCGUUCAUUCCCAGUGCUUCGUCUGCAUCCAGUGCAGCAGCUUCCUCCGCUACCCCCGACGUUCCCGUGAAUUUCGAUUGGCAUGCUUCAGGCUCGGAGAUGAUCCUUGAGCCAACGACUGUCGUGAAUCAAGGACAGUGCGGCAGCUGCUACGCAUUGGCUUCGGUUGCCGCUAUUGAGUCGCGUUUUCGCAUCGCGUUGCGCAAAAAGUACGAACUCGAUGUUCCAGUCACACUGUCCGCUGAGUCCGUUGUGGCGUGCUCUGUCACGAACCAAGGUUGCAAUGGAGGACUGCCAUUUCUGGUAUUGAACAUACUGCGUAUCUCGAUCCGAGUACUUGCUUACAGAAAUUUCAUAGUUGCUGCAUGCAUGCUAGUACAGUGAUGAAGGACGAUUUAUUGUCUGCAUGUAGUUCGAUUUCGAUGUUGACUCCAACAAGAUCGACAAAGUGGCAACUUUGCUUAGCUAAAACUUCGACACAUCUCCGCAAUAAACUGCACGACUAGGUUGGGCGCCACGCUAAGGAGUUCGGUCUCCGUGACAAUGCCUGCAUGGACUACUACCCUAUGUCUGCCGGACGCGAACUCGGAUUUUCGUCCUACGGCAAGUGCAUGGCGCGCAAAGACCAAUGUGCUGCUCAGGGCCGCAAGACGACAGCUGAGCUUCUCCGUGACAUCGGUUCUGGUUUGGGCGCUGCGACCACGGCGUCUUCAGAUUUGCAUACCAAAGCUGUUUCCUCGUCAUCGAAGAAGAAUUCGAACCCUCAGCAUGCAGAAUCCUCUUCCAAGUUGGCGAUGGCAUCGAGCAAGAGCGUGUCCUUUCUGCAGAUCGGCCCUGCUGGGAACAAGCGAUCGAGCUUGUUGACGACCUUUGUUGAAGGGAAUGGUCCCGAGGAAGCCUUUGUCGGUCCCACGCCGGCCUUUGUCGGACCGCACUCCGAAGACGAUGACGAAGAGACUCAGGAUGGAAGAUACCACAUGAGUUGGCGCGUCUUUGCUGCGCACCCACAGCCAUCGAGAUUGCUGCCCUUGAAAUUCCGAACGCCGUUCGUCGAGACUCCCGGAUCUGAGCAGGCUUCGUUUCUCGCAGCUUCUUCGUCUUACAGCAAGAAAACCUCAGAUGAAUCUACAUCCGCUUCUUCGCCAACUACAGCGUCGCUUCUGUCCACCUUUGGCGGUCUUUUCUCCUCUACCGCCUCUGGUGGAACAGAGAACGUGAAAACGUCUGCAAACAGUUGGGAUCGCAUUUACGGGAUGUCCUCAGUCUUGAAUUUGCUGGAUGGCGAAGCAUACGGCAAGAUGAAGGUCGAUGAGAAACAGAAGUUUCCGGUUUACAUGGGCAACCACGGCGCGGCUGUUGCUUCGGCGAGCGCACACAAACCCGAAGCGUCGAAAUUGCACCAAUUGUUGCAAUCUCUGUCGUUCUUCGUCAAGGACUACGGCUACGUGGGUGGCUACUAUGGCGGGUGCAAUGAGGAACUGAUGAAGCGCGAGAUCUACCAGUUCGGUCCCGUUGCGAUCGCUGCGGAAGUUCCUGGCGAUAUGGAACAAUAUGCGGGUGGCAUCUACAAGCCGGCUUCGCAACCUGCCGAUCACUUGCACUAUCUGAGCAAGAAGGACCAACAGCAGCAAGACGAAGACGCAUUACAAUGGGAACUGACAACGCACGCGAUGGUAGCUGUGGGGUACGGUGCGUCCUCAAAAGGCGAAAAAUACUGGACGUUGCGCAACUCGUGGGGUACGCAGUUCGGUGAGAAGGGCUACUUCCUGUACGCUCGGGGAGGCAACUACGGUGGGAUCGAGCAUCAAGCGGUGUGGUUUCAACCCGACAUCGAUCGUCUCGAACAGGCGAUGAUGGAUGCGAAAGGACAGGCUUUCGCGAAGGAAGAGCUGAGCUUGCGGGCCUCUACAGAAGCAGGUGAAUCAGCUACACCACAAUUGUCGAAGGAGGAACAAUCUGCGGAAGUUAGGGAUAUCUUCCGCAAGUUGUUGGCCGAGGAGAAAAAGCCGAUGUAAAAGAACGGACGCAGUCGCAGACAGGAGAGAACUAUAGUAAUUGAAAAUUAUGGUAGUACAGUUUUGGAAGCAGAACUAUUUCGUCCUAAAAAAUGUACAGCUUCAGCUAACUUGAUGGACAUAAAACCAGCAUUCAUUAUGGGAGUGACUGGACUUUCUUCUCAGAAAUGAUUUUGAAGCUGACAUCGAAAAAGUAUAAGGGUAGCUAGUGUCGAUAGGUGAACAAGUCCAGUUAAGAUUUAAAAAAUGUAACUUGAGCUUGAAUUUUGCAACGCAGUAAACAAGUCCUUUUUGUAAGCAGUAGAUUUAAGCCCUAGUUGUGAUGGAGAGUUCAACUAUGUUUCAAAGAAAUACAUAUACAAUUUAAAGUAAAUAUUCAUUUUGAAGAUGUCCGCAACAGUCCGAAAGCUUGCGCUUCGGAUUGAGUAAGUACUUUCAGUGACUACGAACUAGUCUAAUCAAAUUUGCCACCUCGAUAAUUCUUUCAGGUGAGUAAGUAGAUGUAGAUAGUAUUGAUUUUGAACUUGAACUGAUUUUGCCGGUCGCGGAUUCGAGGCGAGCAUCUUGCGACCGGUAUCAAUUUUGCAAUGCAGAGAAAGUAGAGCUAGAACCUGAAGCAAGAGAGUGAGAGUUAUAAUAUAGAAUUACUUGCAGUUGAUGUUGAAAUAAAACAUGUUUAAAGAGAAACAAACUUUUACUCUUGGGAUCAGAUAAAAAGUUGAGACUCAGGAAAAACAAAGAAUAUGACAGGGAUGAAGCAUGAGUAUGAGAUAGAUUCCAUCAUAGUAAAAGUCCUAGCAGAAACGGCAACAGGUGGCCUCCAUGAACAUGAUUUAGUAGAAAAUUUGAAUCACGAAAGCACAUUUAUGAUAUUCUCUCAGUCUCCUCCUGCUCCUGCGAGUGCGAGGAUGAAGAUGAGCGACAUGAUAUUACAACUGAGCUUCUAUUUUCUCGAAAUCAACCUAAAAAAAACGCAAGAAAAAAGACAUCGCUGACCGCAGCUGAGGGCGCGAAUAUUGUUGGAGAGC